UCCAAUAUUAAAAAAUGUAUUAAGAAGAAGGGUAGAAAAAUAUUAUUUAAUAAGAACAGAUCUAUAUUCUCAAAUUCUAAAACUCAAAUAAUACAGAAGAAGAAAUCAUUGUAAUUAUCAAAUUAAAAUUAGAUCAAUGAAAGGAUAAUGAAAUAAUUAGAACCUGUAAAAAAUGCUGUGUAAAAUUAAGGAAUUGAUGAAAAAAUUUUUUACUUCCACCCUAACCAAUAGUUUAAUCCAGAUAUUUAUAAAAUUCUUUAAGAAUAUAUUGAUAUACAUAAAAAUGAUGAAAUAAUAUAAAACUAACAAUAAUAAGAAUAAGUUUUCUGCUUUUCAAAGAAAUUAGAAAGUAAUACUAUUUUAAACUUAGAUAUAAUAUCAGAGAGGGAUUAUACUUUGAUGCAUACUCUUAAAAGGUAGCAACUAUAGGAUUUAGCUUGCUUAGCUGAAUAUUUAAUGUAUAAUGCUCUAGUCGAUCUUAUAAUGAAAAUAAUACUCUUUUAUUUAGCUGGUAAAUACAUUUAUCUAUUAGUUAAAAGGGAAGAACUAAGAAUAAAUAACAAGAUGGUUAUAAUCAGAUUGA